CGUAACGAAAUAGCAUCAUUUCUAAGCUCUAUAUAAAAGCGAGUAUAACGUUUUUACGAGUAAAAGAAAUACGGACAGGAAAGAAAAACAACAAGAAGAAGCGAACAUGAUGAAAUACAUUAUUGUCGCUUGCCUGUGCAUAAUAUUUGUACUUGGUCAAGCAGAAUCGCAAGAUCAACAAGAAACUACAACCGAUAAGAGAGUUGAGCGUAGCUUAGAUAUGAAUCAAAUGCCGCAAGGAUCUAAUAUCCCAGGACAACUUGCAGAUAUCCCAGGACAAUUUGCUAAUAUCCCAGGACAACUUGCUAAUAUUCCCAAUGAAUUUAACAAAGCGGUGAAAAAUGUCAUGGAUGGUAUAACUGAUGGAUUGUUAAAUUCAAAAGAUCUAAUGAAUAAGUCAAGACGUCGUCGUAGUUCAGAGCAACAAUAGAAUGUGAUGUAAUCACUCGCAUCAUGACAGUAAGUUAUCAUAACAAGGAAUAUUGAAAACAGGAAAUUUGAUGGACGAUGCAUCGUAAAUGUUAUCUUAUAUGUGGUACACCUUAAAAUUUAUUCAGUAUUAUACAUAUAUAUAAUAUUCAAUAUUAUAUUGUUUCCAUUACAUAACUGGUAUUUUAUUAGCACUGAUGUAUUGAUUAAUAAAUUAAAUGGACACAUAAAGAA